GAGUGAGAAAGUUUAACCAUAGUCCGUAGGAGAGAACUGGAUUUUAUACUGUGCAUGUUUCACGUUUGGCGAUGGAAGCAAAGCUGCCGCUACCGAAUCCGCCAUUAUUUUCCCCAAUCCUUCUUCCCAUUCCCAUUCCCAUUCCUAUCCCAUUCACCCCUCCUACUCUCCAAUCCCCCAAUCCCAUUCCCGUCACUCUGACUGCACCACCAUUCACACCCUCCAAAUCCAAUUCCAUUCCCACGCCUAACCAAAUGGACGACCCAAAUUCUACCCUUUUCAUCACCGGCGGCCUGUUCUUGGAACCCACGGUUCCCAAUUCCCUGCUCAAUUCCGUCGUGUCCUUUCAGAAGAACUCUUCGUCUGCGGCUGUCGUUUCCGGGUCGGGUUUGUCGUUCGGGUGUAGGCUGAGAGCGGUGGCCGGCGGUGGGUUCUUUUCGGUGAGCUUGAGUAGCGAUGGGGUUGUUCGGGAGUCCAAGGGGUGUUUGGUGCAGAACGGAGAUGAGGGUUCGGAGGAGGCGGAGGCGGAGGCGGAAGCGGUGGUUACAGAGAGGAAGAGAGAGAAAGUUGGGGUUAGGAGUGGUGGGGCCAUGAAUACCACCAAGCAUUUGUGGGCUGGUGCCAUAGCCGCCAUGGUUUCCAGAACUUUUGUGGCACCUCUUGAGAGACUAAAGCUGGAGUACAUAGUUCGCGGCGAACAGAGGCAUUUAUUUGAGCUAGUUAGGACCAUUGCAGCUAAUCAGGGCUUGAGGGGGUUUUGGAAGGGGAACCUAGUCAAUAUUCUUCGUACAGCUCCAUUUAAAGCAAUCAAUUUCUAUGCUUAUGAUACUUACAGAAAACAAUUGCUCCGCGUCUCCGGAAAUAAGGAGACUACAAAUUUUGAAAGAUUUGUUGCUGGUGCUGCAGCCGGAAUUACUGCUACCAUACUCUGCUUACCUCUUGAUACGAUUCGGACUCAGUUGGUGGCUCCUGGUGGGGAAGCCUUGGGUGGUGUCAUUGGUGCUUUUCGCCACAUGAUCCAAACUGAAGGGUUCUUUUCCCUUUAUAAGGGCUUAGUACCCUCCAUUGCAAGCAUGGCACCUUCAGGUGCAGUUUUCUAUGGUGUCUACGAUAUAUUAAAAUCAGCAUACCUGCAUUCACCUGACGGAAGGAAAAGAAUUCACAAGAUGAGCCAACAGGGGCAGGGCCGGAGUGCUUUGGAUCAACUGGAGUUGGGACCGAUUCGGACAUUACUAUAUGGAGCUAUUUCUGGUGCUUGUGCAGAAGCUGCCACAUAUCCGUUUGAAGUGGUGAGGCGACAGCUUCAACUUCAAGUCCAGGAAACUAGAAUGAGUGCCUUGGCAACUGGUAUUAAAAUAGUUGAACAUGGAGGUGUCCCAGCUCUCUAUGCAGGACUUAUUCCCAGCUUGUUACAGGUACUUCCUUCAGCCGCAAUAAGUUACUUCGUCUAUGAGUUUAUGAAGAUUGUUCUCAUGGUAGAAUGAAGAGAUACAAUGGGUUAUGUCUGAAGGUAUAUGAUUGGAGGUUUCAUGGCCAGCUCGGAGGAGCACCUGCUAUAAAUUCAGAAUGGUAGGAUUAUAGUGAUUUUUGCAUUGAGUAAUGCUGGGGAAAUCAUCAAUUUAAACCAUAUGACGUGGUUGUUGAUGAUCGGAUUAUUAUUGAGUGUUGAUUAUCGAGCUUAUAUCCUAUUGGUGACAUUGACACAAACACAUCACAUGGUUUGCAAAUAUGGUCAAAAAAAUUGGUCCACCUUUGCAUUACCACUUAUGUUCCCACAAGCUUCAUGUAUUGCGAAAGGAAGGAAAAUACUCCACAGCUGAA